AUGUCUUAUCACUGGACGACAUCGCGGCUUGCAGUGGGUAUCGCACGUUGUAUAGCAUUAUCUCAAGUUGCAUCCUCACCCUUUUCGCCUGCACAUGGACUUCGAUCCAUCCGAACAUUUCAUGUCAUUCGCAGACAUGCCGGAAUCAUGCUCGCCGCUUUGAUUGCUCCAGAACUAGUGAUCUUAUGGGCCAUGCGGCAGUUCUUCCACGCGGGCAACGUUGUAAAUAAAUUCAAUGAUGAAUUAUGCAAAGGGAAUUUUCAGUGGAGUAGGACUCGUGAGUUCUUUGUCAUGAUGGGUGGCCUUGUCGACCAUAAAGACGACCUGAAGCUCUAUGACGAGCCCCUUCGUAUUCCCACGUUUCUCCCAAUCACCAAUUCCUUUAAUCACAAACGAGACGCCAGGAUCAUAAGUCUUGUCGGACUUGUAGGAUGA